GUUAUUUGGACGGUAUUCGCUGCAGUUGGAUAAUAAUCCAUGUUAUUUUUAAAAUGUCAGAGGCGUCCAGUCGCCCAUGUCACGCCACGCCCUGUCUUAAUGGAGGAACAUGCGAAGAAGACUUGAUGAAAUGGAGUUUUAAGUGUAAAUGCAAUGACAGAUUUGUUGGGGACAGGUGCGAAGAUGAUUUUGACGAGUGCCACAACAGCCUUUGUCAGAACGGAGGAACUUGUGUAAACACGUAUGGCGACUACAGAUGCGAAUGUAAGCAUGGAUACAGCGGCAAGAACUGUCAUUUAGAUUGCAAGUUCAGUGAAAUUGAACUUGGAUUUCUAGUGGAUGGAUCGGCGAGUGUGGCGUUCUACGGAGAGGACAACUUCCAGUUGAUAAAAGAAUCCAUGAAGAGUUUCGUUCGUUCGUUCAAUGUCUCGAGCUCGACAACACGCGUGGGAGUCAUCGUUUACUCCACGAACUCAACUGUGGCAUUCACACUGAACCAAUACUCAAGUGAGAGAGACAUAAUAGAGGCCAUUGACAACAUAACGUAUCCUAGCGGAGGGACAUACACUGGCCAAGCUCUUAACGAAGCAGCUAAAGUUCUGUUUAGCAAUGGAACCGUCCGGGACAAUGUGUCCAAAAUAUUAGUGGUAAUUACAGAUGGAGUGUCCACCGAUGACGUCACAGGGCCGGCAGCGCUCGUCAAUGAGACUGGUGUGAACACUUACGUUAUUGGGAUUGGUCAAAAUUACGAUCGUUCCCAGCUCUUGCAGAUAGCGCAUAAUGUCCCGGAUCAUGUAUUUCAAGCUGAGUUCAAUUCUCUUCAGGUGGCUUUCAGUAGCGUUAGGGAAACAAUCUGUCUGGCUCUGGACAAGUGUGCAGAUAAUCCUUGCAGGUUUGGUGGCAUUUGCCAAAAUGGAGGCAGGAACUGUACUUGUUCUGAAGGUUUCCAGGGUCCAAAAUGCUCCGAAGAUGUGAAAGAAUGCCCAAACGUAAGUGUCAACUGCACCAGUGAAAAACAUUGUACGGAAACGUUUGGUGGUUAUGAAUGUACAUGUGCGAACAUGUCUUUGUACGGCGAAAAUUGCACAAAAGCCUGCAGCAACGAGUCCACCGUAUUGUUCCUCUUGGACAGAGCAAGGAACGUUGGACAAGACAACAUAAAACGUCAAGUGGAGUUCAUUAUAUCAGUGGCUUCCACAAUCCCUUUCACAAACAUCGCAGUUAUCUCGUAUGCUACCGACGCUGAAAUCGUCAUCAGACCCGGGCAGUCAUCAAACUUCUCCGAUUUUGCAGAAACGUUACGAAAUGCUAGUUACUCUAUGGGUCACAUGAAGAAUCUUGGUGAAGCGCUCGAGAAAGCGCAGGAAAUAACAGAAAUCUAUAAUCACGGCUCCACACCAGCACUUGUGGUAGCGAUGAUCCUAGGCAAAUCUGACGAUGACCAUUCUGACCAUGCUGCAAAACUGAAAGAACGUGGGGUCACCAUUGUGGCGAUGACCUUAGAUAACAGCUCUAGCUUGCCACAGUUGAUUCUCUUGACUUCAAACCCGUUAAAUGAUCACUGGCUUGAAACAAACGUUGCUUCUUUGAAACAUUUCAUCAGCAAUACAAGAAACACGAUUUGCCAAGCUUGGAAUCCAUGCAGUACGGCAGUUUGUCCACCACUCCACGAAUGCAGAAACAAUUAUGGGAGAGAUGGAGGAUUCCGUUGCAUUCCACCCCCCUCUGUGUGUGAACCUAAUCCUUGUUUGAAUGGUGGCAAUUGUAGUGAUACUGGUAACAACACGUUCAAUUGCACAUGCCCUCCCGGAAUUGGAGGUGUAAACUGUACUGAAGAUAUUUUGGACGAAUGCAUCACGGCACCUUGUAAAAACGGAGGAACGUGUCAAAAUCUCCUGGGGUCUUUUGGAUGUAACUGCACUGAGCAAUUUUCUGGAAGGCAAUGCGAAUUGGAUUGUUCAAUUCAGCGAUUCAACCUGGUGUUUUUGGUUGAUGGAUCGGGGAGCAUAGAAAGUCAAGGAAGAGGGAACUUUCAGCGUUCCAAAGACUUCAUCACCAACCUCGUUGAUACCUUUAACGUUGGGAGAGACGAAGUCAAUGUUGCUACAGUCCUCUACUGGCACAGCUAUCGUAUAAUCCACCGAUUGAACACCUAUUACAGUAAAGAUAGUAUAGAGAGAGCCAUUCAAGGGAUGCCUUACCCGAGCGGCGGAACCAGGACAGGCCAAGGGUUAAAUGUGAUCCGUACUCAGAUCUUGAGCAAUUUGGAAACCAGCAGAGACCAACUUCCCAAAGUGGUGGUCGUAUUAACGGAUGGAUUAUCCCAAGACAAUGUUGCUUCCCCUGCCCAAGCGCUCCGUAACAUGGGAGUGACUGUCAUAGCUGUUGGCGCGGGUUGUUGUUUUUACAGACCGGAGUUGAACGUGAUGGCUUCGGAUCCGGACCAAGAUCAUGUAUUUGCAGUGAGCUUUACAGAUUUGCAACAAAUUACAGCUUCACUGCGAGAGCAGAUCUGUUUUGCCCUUGACUUCUGUGCAACCCAACCUUGUCAAAAUGGUGGGACUUGUACCAGUUUGGCGAAUGACUUCCAAUGCUCUUGUCUGUCGGGAUGGACUGGAAAGGAUUGUUCAAACGACACUGACGAAUGUGCUACCAACGUCACUCAGUGCCCUGAUGAUCAAGUUUGUCAUAAUUAUCCUGGAGGGUCCACCUGUCUUUGCAGUGACAAUCGAUAUGGGAACAACUGCACCAUACGCUGUAACUACACGAAGGUCGAUGUGGGCUUCCUCGUUGACAGUUCUGGUAGUAUUAAUGCAGCUGAUAGUUUCAAUUAUCAAAGAAUAAAGGACUUCAUCAAAGGGUUCAUCAAAUCGGUGGUCAUUGGAGAGAAUGAUACAAGAAUUGGUCUUGCCACCUUUUCCGGAGAAAAUAGCUUUACAGUUAGGAUCAAUUUUGCAGACUUCUUUGCUACAGAUUCCUUAAUCAAUGCCGUACAAAGGAUUCCUUAUGAUUCCGGAGGUACUCGCACAGGAGAAGCAUUGAACCGCAUAAGAACUAGCCUUUUCUCGAUGACCAGGGAAGGACUCCCACACAUUCUUGUUGUAUUAACAUACGGUAAAUCGCAGGAUAGUGUUACAGCUCCCUCAAGACUUUUGCGUGAAAUGGGAGUGCAGAUUAUUUCAGUCGGUGUUGGUGACGCCGUGUUCGAGGAACUGGCGGAUAUGGCUUCAGAGCCAGAUAGCGAAAAUAUCUACGACGUGACUUUUGAAUCCCUUGGUAACCUCACUGGGUCCUUACUGGACAGUGUUUGCAAAGCGGCAGACCCUUGCAAGCUUCAGCCGUGUAAAAACGGAGGAACCUGUCACGUUAUGGGAUUAACAUUUAGGUGCGAAUGCCCGCUUGGACUGAUGGGACCAACCUGUGAGAUUGAUAUCGACGAAUGCUUUAACAACCCUUGCAUUAAUGAUGCUGUUAGCUGUAAGAAUACAUUUGGAAGUUAUGAAUGUAGCUGCCAGCGGGGAUUUACUGGACUCCACUGUCAGGAAGCAAUAUUGAGCAACGUUUUUGAUGUCGUGUUUCUUUGUGAUGGCUCAUCCUACAUAACAUAUUCAGUCUUCAAACGAACUCUGCUCCUUGCAAAAAGCGUUCUGUCCUCUUACAACAUCUCCGAGGAACAGACUAACGUAGCCGCUGUUGUUUACGCAAGCGAUGUGGUCGUCAGCUUUAACUUCACACAACAUUACACCUUUUCUGCCGCGUCAACUGCCAUUGACGGUAUCCCUUAUCUAAACCAAACAUCUCUAAAUAUCUCGGCCGCCCUGGAAACUGUCAACGACACCAUAUUUACCACAGGCAGGCGGAACGUUCCACGUGUGUGUGUUGUUUUCGUCAGUGGAAUGCUAAGCGGCGACUUCACACAGAUAUCCCAAGGCCUCCGAGACAAAGGGAUUAUCAUAAUUACUAUUGGUGUGGGCAGCGGUUACAGCGUGAACCAACUGAACUCCAUUGCUAGUCAGCCUUCGGCAGCGUAUGUGUUUGGCAUAAGCUUAGUGCUGCAUAUUGACACGAUGGAAGGAAUUAUUGCUGGAGCGAUAGCUGGGGCUGUCGAUCCUUGUGCAAGCUUUCCUUGUAGAAACGGUGGAAACUGUACAUCCAUGAGUCAUAACUACACAUGCGCAUGUCCAAACGGAUUUGAAGGACAACAUUGUCAACAGGGUAAGUGGAUUUAAAUAAUUCCACUGUCCUCAAGGCAUGUGAUGCGUUGUUUUAUUGUAAAGAUCUGUAAUUGGUUAACUCGCUGUACGAGAAUAAAGUAAAGCUUUGCAACAAAUCAAUUUGUUUCAAAUUACGGGGAAUUGAGCCAACACGAACGCAAGAGGGUGGAGCGGCUGACUUACAACUUUGGAAAUAAAAAGAAACGGGUGUGGAAAGAUUCUCUUGAUUCCAACGCCGCGUCCAUACAACGCCGUUGGAGUUUGAAAACGGAGCCUUAUUUCUCCGGCUAGGCGUUUCGUUCACACUAAUCCGUCACGAAAACGCAGCGUUCGAUAAAGCUCAGGGUUUAAACCAGGGGAAUUUUAAAACACCGGCUUUGCGUUUUAGUGUGGACGGGAAACAUGUUGAAGAGGAAGCUUUUCGAAAACGAUGUUGUUAUGAUAAUCGUAAUAUUCCUCUGCACGAGUUUUUCUCAAGCACAAAUCCAA